AUGUCAAACCCUAAUAAUAGUCCUUCAGCUCACUGCCGAAAAUUCCGUCUCGCCUCUCAAGCUUCCAGUUUUGUUUUUCUUUUAUCAUUUCCAGAAAAAAUUUUGCCUAUUGUCAAGAAUGAGUGUUUACUACUAUGCACCCUUCUCAUCGGGAAAUCGCUGGCUUUGGAGACUCUUCCAAUUUUCUUGGAUACAAUUUUUCCUUUUUGGGCUGCUAUCCUGGUUUCAGUCACUUUUGUAAUUGCCUUUGCUGAGGUUAUCCCACAAGCUGUCUGCUCCAGAUAUGGACUGAGUUUUGGUGCUAAAUUUGUCUCGUUUGUUCAGUUUCUCUUGUUCAUUUUCUUCCCAGUGGCAUACCCGAUUAGUAAGUUGCUUGAUUGGCUUCUAGGGAAAAGCCGUUCUGCACUUCUUAGAAGAACAGAACUGAAAACGCUAGUGGAUUUGCAUUCAGUAAAGGCAGGGAAAGGUGGAGAACUGACAGAUGAUGAAACUACUAUUAUAACAGGAGCACUGAACAUGACAGAAAGAACUGCUAAAGAUGCUAUGACACCAAUAUCUAAAACCUUUUCUCUGGACAUAAAUUCUAAACUGGACAUGUAUACAAUGGGAGCCAUAGUGAGCCAGGGACACAGUCGAGUACCGGUUUACACGGGCAAUGCAACGAACAUUAUCGGCCUUAUACUGCUUAAACUUUUAUAUUGUCACUUGUGUGGCCAUUCCAUACAAAAUGUUCCGAUUUCAAGUCGGUACCUAUUUGUAAAAAACUUGAUAUUCUGUCAUCCUGAGGAUGAAACUCCUAUUAAAGAUUUGAUAAUUAGGAAAAUCCCCAGAGUACAUGAAAAUUGGCCUCUUUAUGAUGUACUGAAACUAUUUCAAAAAGGUCAUAGUCACAUGGCUGUGGUUGUGAAGUGUAAGAAAGAUCCCAAACAAACGUCUAAAGACCCCAAAGUUCGGCCUGAUUUUACGAGUAUCAGAAUCCAGUCGAACCCUGAACUCACACAAGCAGACGGAAAAGAUUGUGGAGAUUUUUCAGGAUCUAAGCCUCCAUUUGCUGCAAAAGAGCUUCGAAAUGACUCCCCUAUACAUUCUGGCUAUGGCGAAAUUCAAUCACUUGCGUGGAUCAGAAGGGAGAAGGGAGAGGCAAACGUUUUGAAACAUGAAAUGGAAUCUCAUGAAAAUAAGUUAUCACAUGAUGAGGUGAUCGGUAUCAUAACAAUGGAGGAUGUCAUGGAGGAACUUCUACAGGAAGAAAUACUAGACGAAACAGAUCAGCACAUUGAUAUUCACAAGAUUAGAAUCAACAUUCUGCCUCCAAGAAGAUUAUCAUCUUCAUCUCCUGGGACAGCUUCACUCUCUCAAUUUUAUCGAAGAACCCCGGAGCCAGAGGAUUCUCCCAUCUCUUACUAUCAUUCUCCAAUACUCCAUUCACCAAUCCCGCCAUUUGUCCCAUCGCCAUUUGUAAAGCCAGUACUAUACGCUUCUCCUGGGAAGGCAGUUUCGAAUUCUCCAAUCAGAUCUGCAGGCACUGUUCGCAGCUCUCCAUCUUCUCGCCAGGUCUCGAGAAAAUCAUAUGAGAGGUUAAGACAAGGCAGUAAUGCAUAAAUGACAAAUCUCCAACUGAAAUAACGAUACUUUGCACUAGCUGUACAAGAUGAAGUAUAGAAACCUCUCAAAUUUCGUGUUGGAUACUAAGUUUGCCAUACCUAUGUGACAAAUCUCCAACUGAAAUAACGAUACUUUGCACUAGCUGUACAAGAUGAAGUAUAGAAACCUCUCAAAUUUCGUGUUGGAUACUAAGUUUGCCAUACCUAUGUGACAAAUCUCCAACUGAAAUAACGAUACUUUGCACUAGCUGUACAAGAUGAAGUAUAGAAACCUCUCAAAUUUCGUGUUGGAUACUAAGUUUGCCAUACCUAUACGUCUGAUACAUUGUAAUGAACAGAACUGAACAGUAAGAAUAGAUAUGAUUUUAAUUAUUUUUCAUCUUUAAUAGUGUUAAGUACUAUACAUAUCAAGUUGUGAAACGAGCACUUCGUGCACUAAAGUAACUCUCAUGUUUGCCUGUAAAUUAUAUAUACACUUUCAAUGUGACUUUCAUAGAUAUUUUUCA